AUCCUAGGUACCCAAAUGAAGCGUGGCAUUACCAUUGAUAUUGCCUUAUGGAAGUUCGAAACUACCAAGUACUACUGCACAGUUAUUGAUGCUCCUGGACAUCGUGACUUUAUCAAAAACAUGAUUACUGGUACUUCUCAGGCUGAUUGUGCCGUCCUCAUUAUCGAUUCUACCACUGGAGAUUUUGAGGCUGGUAUCUCAAAGGAUGGUCAGACUCGUGAGCACGCUCUUCUUGCUUUCACCCUUGGUGUCAAGCAGAUGAUCCGUUGUUGUAACAAGAUGGAAGCCACC